AGAAGAAGGUCAUUGAUGGCCAUAAGCAGGCCUCAUUGAGGACAAAGAGAGCAACUUAAAGCACAUUCAGAAGCGACAAUCAUGGGAAUACGGAUAUAGAGCAUUAAAUUUGCACGGCUUUGUUCAAUCCUAUCACAGCAAUGAAUUCGCAUAUACCCAGUGGCUCUUCCAUGCCACCCCACAAUUCUCGAUUAGAUCAAUUUUCUCUCAAUUUGCCAAAUUCUCAUUCCCGAUCUCCGUACAGAAACAGCAUCGCCGAAAGAAGGAGAUCUUCAUCGCGAAGAACUGAUACCUCAAGCUCUUCGCUAAAUCGACCUGUUCUCACCUCAAGACCGGUUUUGCUAUGGACACAUGAGCCGCCAAACUUUAGUACACAUGAAUUGGUACUGAAUCCAGAUUUGAUCGCAGCGUUCGGAGGAGUGAGCGAUGGAUCAGAAUUGCUGGAAGUGAGGCUACCAGAGACGUCCAGCAUGGGCAAUCCUGUGAUUGAUGAACAGAGUACUACCGGCACCGGACAUCUGCACCAAUCCCAUGGUCGACGUAGCAGUAAUCGGCAUGGGAGCAAUCAUCGUCAACUCAGUAAGAGACGGAUGGCAGGACUGUCGAAAAGAACAUUUCUCUUUAAAGCCAGUCAAGCAGUCGGAGAUUUGGAUUGCAUAGAUCGUAGCGGAUCUCAGUUACAGCUCAGUAUUGCAAAAAAUAUCGCCAAUAUCUUCCACUUGCAUAAUCGAUGCGAGGUUAUACUAUCGAAAGUCUCUCGAUCUGAACAUACCAUCUCUCACAUAGAGCUGUACUUUCGUGAUCAAUAUGUCGGGCGAGCAGAUAUGUGGCGCUUAGUGACACUUUUGGAGGAUACAUGCGUUUACGUUGGUCAAAGGGUGACUCUUGCAGGAUGUGUUCGUGCGACGAUUGGAAGAAUAUUCAUUAAUGAAAGAAAAGUCAUGUCAGGUUAUGUCGGCCCGCAAACAAGAGCAAUCUUUCGAUCAGAAUCAGCAAAGUACAACGUCUUUAUCCAGAUGGCCUCCGAGAUGUGGGAUUUCGAUGAAGAUGGAGAAUUGUAUUACGAGAAAGCGUUGUCAGGAUUUCUGCCAGAUCUGAUAAGGCGCUGGCAGACGGGCAAUACUACCCAUGUGAUCAGUAUCAUCCUCUUCGCAAGAGUCCACUACGAUGAAUCCGAAUUACACAUGCUUCAAGAAGUCGAAUUGCCAUUGCGUAAAGAAGAGGGAGGAAAAGGACGUUGGUAUAUAGAUUAUUACAAGGUUAUGGUCGAUCUUGAAUCGGAUUGUGACUGGCAAACUGCUUUGACGAUGUUGAAAGAGGAAUUCUUCCGUUUCAGACACGAUAUCCUCCUCUUACGUCAGCCCGUAUCUGGUCCUGCAGUUGCACCGUGGCUGGAAGAGAGACAUGCGGAUUUAUUACGAACAGAUCACGCUCUCUUGGCAGGCUCUUUAUCUGCUUCUCAUGAAGGAAAUAUACUUGAAGCGAUCAAUUUGGCACUCAAUCCUUUCGAUGAGCAUUAUGUCGACCGAGAUUUAAACAGAACAGGACUGGAUUUGGUAGUGUUGACGGCAGGAACAGGGCACUUUGACGUCGACAAAAAUCUCUUGCGUUUGACAACUGAGAGACUGAUCGACAAUGGAAUCGGAUUUGAUCUUGUAUGCUUGACAAAGAUGCCUUUACACUCCGUGCCUCUCUUUCACUUUCAAAGUCCAGUGCCUAUGCCUGAUCUGAGCAACACACAAGCUACCUUUGCAUCUGCUUCGGGUUCCACUUCAACGAAAAGACGGUCUAUGCGGAACUCAACAGCAAAUGGAUCCAUUGGUAGAAGUCAUAAUGCAACCACAGGCGCACAAGCAAGUUACCCGGACCCAUUAUAUUUUGAUCCAAAACAUGGUUCUCCAAGCAAACAACAGACUCAGCCUCAGCAGGUUUCUGCCAGCUAUACUUCUGCUACAGGUGUCAUUAGACCGUCACCACUUACUGAUUUCUAUAGUAUUCCUCAUUGGGUUGAUUGUUCCUUCUAUAAUUUGCAGCAGGACAAGCCAUUCAGAGGAGAUCGGUUCGUGCCACGAUGCAAGAUGCAUGAAGUCCAAAUGCUUGGACUGAUGGAGAACGAAAUUAGCGAUAUCUCGUUGCCCUACAUUGACUUUGGCCGCUUACCAGGUGUGGUAGCGAUGAGCACGAGCUUAGGAAGAUCUGGAAGCAUGUCAAGUAGCCAAGCAGCGCUUACACCUUUCUCGUCAAGUGCAAGUGCAAGACAUAAUCGGCUAUAUGCCUUUUUGCCGGACACAUUUGGAGACACUACUGGAAUGAAUCCGCGUGAGCAACAUAGAUUAUUACGAGAACAAUUUGACAAAGAGACAUUCCGAGAUUUGGAACUGGUUCCAUCAACAUUCCGAUCUCUGAUGGUGCAGGGCGUAUCGGAGAAGAAUCUUGCCGGGCAGAUACAAUCCAGUUCUCCGCCACUUGUGCGACAAACACUACCAUCGGCCAAUUCUUCGAGUAUUCGACCUGGAUCUUCUCAGCAACCUAUUGGCAGGAAGGAAAACCUUACUGGUUCAUCGCCUAUAUCGCAACAACAAACUCCAUCUAAGCAGCAGCGAUCUGCUCGCUCUCUUCGUGACUCUAGAUUUACGUUGCGCUCCUUAGAGUCUCGUGAUGAAAGGUUGGACACACAUGAAGAGGAGGAGAAUUCUUCAACAGCCCAAACGAAAGAUGCAUGGAAUCGACAAAACGAGCCUGCCUCACCUCGACAGAAGCGCAUCAGUAUUCUACCAAACAUAUCUCGUAGUGGAACAAUGAACUCUUCCACUUCCGGUUCCACGCUCAUGACUGAUUCAUAUGGACAUGAAAAUGGAUUAGCCGAAAAGAUGGAGAGAAGGAAAUCCAGCGCCGGAUCAGUGUACAGUGUCAGCACUAUCAACCGCGGCUUAAGGCCACUGUCCGAUAUGGGUAAAGCCAAAGCGUUGGUAGGAUCGACAGAAGUAACAUUCAAGGUUGAGCCUGGCCGCAGUAAUGUCAAAGCAGGUAAAGCAGCUGAAAGCGCUCAACGGGCGGUAGGUGCAGAACAAGGUGGAAGUCGCACGCCAAACUCUCCUUCAAGCCCAAAUUCACCAUCAAAAACUAAGGGAGGAUAUUCAUGGCUUUGGUCAGCUUUCAAGGGUAAGCUAGGUGUACCAUUAGGUCAAGAAGGAGAUGAAGACAACGAAAAGGUGUAUGAUGAUAAAAGUGAAGAACAGCAAUCGUCCAAGAAUGCAUCAAAGAAAAUUCAAGCUCUACUCAAAGAACAGUCUUCAGCCCGAGUGUCAUCUACAUCAAGGCCAGCCUCAGUAGUCUCAGAUGAUGUUGACGAUCCGAAGCAGUCUGAAAGAAAUACCAUUGACGAUGAAGCAGGACCAGCGCCGAUUUCCAUUCCUUCGCACCAUGGCGCUACCGAGGGCCUUAAGAGCAAGACGAGCUUUCCUGACAUUGUUACUACGACGAGAAUUAUCGAUGCAGAUGGUCAGCCUAUUGUCGAUGAUCAAGAUGCAGCACUUGAACAAGCAUUAGAGGAAGAGGAGGCAAGACUGCGAUACGUCAGCCAAGCACAGGUCGAAAAGCAAACCUUGGUAAAUCCUUGCAACCCACGGAAAAGCCUGCAAGCGACCUCGAACAACCAGAUUAUGCGUUGGCAGCAUGCGUUCCCCAGAAGACUGAACCAACAUGUGGUGAAAUGGCGAAGUAUGACAACGCCUGCAUGUUUACCGUUGACUACGUUUUAUCUUCCCAGCGAGGCGGACUUCAAGGAACAUUGGCAAGAGUAUCCUUACCAGAUGAGCAUCUCGUCUGACAUGACCAGCUUCCUUGUCAAGCGAUCUACGAGCACGCCACCUGCUCUUGCAGUGAUGCGAGAAAUGGCCUCUCAGCGUUUGGCUCAAGGAUAUCAGUUCAUUGUCCCAAUAAAACAUACUGGUAAUACACACACCUCUGCCUCAGCAAUGCCCGACAAUCUACGACUUCGUGAACCAUGGGAGCUAUUUCAACCAGGCAGCUUGGCGUCAGGCAAUCCGAUUUUCCUGAGCAUGACAAAUCAAAUUCAUAGGAUUCACUACGAUCGAUCUUCGAAUUGUAUCCACGUAAAGAGGUAUGUACGAAGGGUUGAGUACAAGACGGAUCCUUUGACAUACUCUUGUUGUGUGUGGGCACGAAAUUUGGCCGGAUAUCAAACGGUGAAUUCAGUCUUCCGCUAUCCGGACUUUGGUGCAUACAAUUGGACCCACUUGGAUGCAGUCAUUGCAGGUCAUAGUGACGAAGAAUCGUUCACUGAAUCAACAAGGUAUUGGCGUACUAGAUUUGUUGUCGUGCCUAGCGAAGGUAGUCCUCAGACAUUGCGUGGUCCCAGUGGGGAAGAAUUGAGCGAUGAAGAGGUGCGAUUGGCGGGAAUGGAUAGAUUGGCCGAUUUGUUCAAUCGAGCUCGUUGGCGGCCAAGAAACAACAAUUUGAAUGGAAAGCGUACCGGACAGAGAGAGCAGGCACGUCCACAGAGCAAUUCUACACUGUUACGAUUCAUACCUACUUCUUUGGAUCCUGCCGUCAGUCUAAAGGACGUUGACUUCAUGAAUCAGAUCAGAGCAGUUCAUGAUGCAGAGAAAAAGGAGUACGAAUCGCGAAAGCAAGGUCAAGGAACAAAAGGGCGUAUAAGACGACCUCUAGCUGAGACAGAUAAGGCAACAUUGGUGCAUGACAUGUACUCAGACAAUGAGUUCGGUCUCAAGAUCAAUGAUCGUUUGUGGAACAAGAUUCUCUACCGCAAUGCAUUUUCAGGUCAUGAUUUCGUGACGUGGCUAUGCCAAGAGUAUAUUGAUAUUCCUUCAAGAGAUGCAGCGGUAGAAUGGGGUCAACGAUUGUUGAAAGAAGGCUUCUUACAGCACGUUCACGAUUACCACGGCUUCUUGGACGGCCAUUAUUUCUACCGGAUCGCUACAGAAUAUGCAAAAAUGGCAAAAGCGGAAGAAGGAACGACAGCUAGGGACAAUCAGCAUUGGCUCACUCCCGGCAAAGAAAGCGAAGAUGAAAAUGGUGACGAUGAAAAAGCAAGACGCGAUCGUUCUAAACGUGUAUUGAUGAGCCGUAGCAUCAUCAUUGAUGUUGAUCCGAGCCGAAGAAGUGAUCGAGCAGAGGUUGCAUUUUUACAUUUUGAUCUGACCCAUAAUCCCGCAAAUGGAUUCAACUUUCAAAUUCAUUGGCUUGGUUCUACUGCGCGAUUCAUCGAGGAUUUGGUGCAAGGAUGGACACGAGCGGUUGAGAGAUAUGGUCUUCGUUUGAUCGAAGCGCCAAUCAAUCAAAUCAAGGAUGUGUCAAUGCACAAUCCUUUCCAAGCUCCAUUGCCGAUCAGUCUUGCUUUGCAUCCACCUCCCACGAGUGUUUACGCUGGCUGGCUUCCGCAACAUCUUUCUGCCACUUAUUUGUUCGAAUAUGCACUCUUGCGUAAGUUCGGUUUCAUCUUAGAUCAAGAAGCUUCGGAUCGAUAUCGCAAUGUGAACAAAGAUGUGACGAUCGAGUAUAGAUCACGUCCAAAUCAUUUCGAUUUCAGUCAAUUUGUUCAUCGAUCAGGAGUGGCCUUCGUGCAAGUGUUGCCAAACAAUGAAGGAUUUUUAUGGUUGGAUAAUCGAUUGUUCAACUCCCACUUGCCAGCGGAUAGACCACAACAUGUGCAGCAACACAAAGGUGGCAUCCCACCCUCGCCAAACCUUGGCGCAGGUCCUUCACACACACACCGUACAAACGGUUCACAUGCAGCCAAUUCACCUUCUCUUCCUUCUGCAGAUCGUGUUCGCAAAGAAUUUAUCGAAUUCUGUUUAGAUGUCGAAAGAUUAGAGUUAUUUUACAAAGAAGUAUUGGAGCAAAUUCAAGCAGAAGCAAUUGCGGCAAAAGGUACAAAAGAAGCUGUAGGAAAUGCACCAGGUAUAGAUAAAGCAAAGAAAGAAUCUUCUUGAUCUUCUUUGAACGAAUUUUCCUCUUCGUUGUUUGAAAGGUCUAGUAGGGAUUCGAAUAAAGCAUGAUGGAGAUCGAAUGCGCAUUUUGCUUCUUCGAUCAUCCUUUGAGUGGAUAGUUGAUCCGCUUCAAUAUUGUUGAUAGAAUCACGGAGGGAUUUUUUCAAUUUAGCAGGUUCGUCAAAAAUGUAAAAUGCAAAUCCAUGUUGUACAUCAUCAUCCAGUGGCGGGGUAGUGUGUUGAAUUGCGAAUUGUUUCGAAAGUCUCUUGAGCAUAUGUUGACCUCCUGACAGAUCACCCAUGUAUCGCACGUAAGCAUGUGCUAGAACAGGAUGAAUCUUAGAAGCUGUGGAUGACGUCUGCUUCAUCGGACUGCAUCCUUCUGUUGGGGUGAAUGAGAUUCCUUCAUCGC